UAUAAAAAUGAGGAUAAGUCAUAUCAUCAAAAUUAACAAUUCACACAUAAGAAAAUGGUCAAAUUCAUGUUUUCUCAAAUUCACUUGCUCACCCUUGUACUUGGCCUUUUUGCUGCGGGGACAUUGUCUCUUAAUGCUAAUGAUGAUCGAAAGGCAAGUUACUACAUUGUUGUCUUUGUUGUUGUUGUUGUUACGUUGUUGUCUUUGUUCUUGUUAUUGUUAUUGUUAUUGUUGUUGUUGAUUAUGAUUUCAUCGAUUUAAUAUUAUUGUGCAGGUUUAUAUUGUAUACAUGGGUUCGAUUUCGGAGGAAUACGCUGUUACGUCCGAGUAUCACAUUAAUAUUCUUCAGCAAGUUUUAGAGGGCAGUACGGCAGAAGAGUCCUUGGUAAGAAGUUACAAGAGGAGUUUCAAUGGUUUCGCAGCAAGGCUAACAGAGAAAGAGAGUAAAAAUCUCAAUAGUAUGAAGGAAGUGGUGUCUGUAUUUCCUAGUAAAACACUCAACCUUCAAACAACGAGGUCAUGGGAUUUCUUAGGAUUAAUUGAGAGUGAUGUGGUUCCGAGAAAUUUGACUAGCGAGAGUAACGUGAUACUCGGUUCCUUUGACACCGGAAUCUGGCCUGAAUCACCGAGUUUUAGCGAUGAUGGUAUCGGACCUCCCCCUAAGAAAUGGAAAGGCGCUUGUAAGGGCGGAAAAGAUUUCACUUGCAACAAUAAAGUAAUUGGAGCUAGUACUACAACCUUUGAUUCGGCGAGGGAUGAAAUUGGUCACGGAAGCCACACUGCUUCGACAGCAGCCGGGAGACACGUAGAUCAUACAAAUUUUUAUGGUUUGGCAGAAGGAAUUGCAAGAGGAGCAGUACCUUCAGCUAGGCUCGCCGUAUACAAAGUUUGUGGACGCGAUGGUUGUCAGGACUCAGAUGUUCUUACUGCAUUUGAUGAAGCAAUUGCUGAUGGUGUAGACUUGAUUACAUUAUCGUUAGGAUCAUCCAAUCCAACUGAAUUAGAUUUAGAUAGUAUCGCGAUAGGUUCUUACCACGCGAUACAGAAAGGUAUACUAACUGUGCACUCUGCUGGAAAUAGUGGUAACAGAAGUUUUAGUGUAUCAAGUGUUGCACCUUGGUUAUUCAGUGUUGCAGCAAGCACUAUUGAUCGGCGAAUACUUGAUAAAGUUGUCCUUGGAAAUGGAAAGACACUACUUGGUUAUUCUGUUAAUUCUUUCCAGUCGAAGAGAGGGUUGCUUCCUUUAGUGUAUGGCGUAGGUCCAAAAGAGUGUGUAAAGGAAUCCAUACAGUAUUGUGGGCAAGGUUGUUUAGAUGAGUCAGUAAAAGGAAAGAUCGUAGUUUGUGAUAUUUCAGAUGGAAGUGGAAUCAUUGAAGCUUACAAAGUUGGUGCGCUUGGGGUACUGUCACGCAUAAACAUUGAUUUUUCUCAGAUUUAUCCUUUGCCUGCAAUUGAGUUCGAAAGCAAUGAAUUUCAAGCACUAAAAUCCUACCUUAAUUCCACAAAAAAUCCAAAGGCAAACAUCCUCAAGAGUUUCUCCUUUAAUGACACUUCUUCUCCUUAUGUCAUCGGGUUCUCUUCUCGAGGACCUAAUCUUGCUGCAUCGGAUAUCCUUAAGCCUGAUAUAACAGCGCCAGGAGUCGAAAUUAUAGCUGCAUUUUCACCUUUGGCUUCUCUAACUGGAAUUCCUGGAGAUAAGAGAUCAGUAAAUUAUACGAUUUUUUCUGGUACAUCUAUGUCUUGUCCUCAUGUCGCGGGUGCAUCUGUUUAUAUAAAAUCUCUCCAUCCAGAUUGGUCUCCUUCCGCGAUUAAAUCUGCUUUGAUGACUACAGCACAACCUAUUAGCCCAUCUAAGAACAAAGACGCCGAAUUUGCCUAUGGAUCAGGGCAUCUUGAUCCUGUAAAAGCUGCAAAUCCCGGACUUGUUUAUGUAACAGAACAAGAUGAAUAUCUUACAUUUUUCUGUAAGUUGGGUUAUGAUAAAGACCAAAUUGCACUGAUCACAGGUAACAGGAAAUUCUCUUGCCCGAAAGAGAGUAACGAAACUUCGUCAUUAGCAAAGGAUGUUAACUAUCCUUCCUUGUCUGUCAUGGUUGAAAUUGAUAUACCAAUCAAUAUCAAGUUUAGUAGAACAGUCACCAAUGUAGGAGUUGCUAAUUCCACCUACACCGUGAAAGUCGAAUCGCCUAAGGAAAUAAAGGUCACAGUGAAUCCAACUUCUCUUUCGUUUAAAUCAUUGAAUGAAAAGAAGACGUAUGAAGUGAGUGUUGUUGGCAAAGCAUUAACGGAAAACUCCUCCAUUAUAUCAGCAUCAUUGGUUUGGUCUGAUGGACAACAUAAUGUUAGGAGUCCUCUUGUUGUAUACUCUGAUUUUUACCAUGGAGUUGACUAAUUAGUGUACUAUAUAGUGUAUAUAUAUUUCCAAUAAAAAGGAUAAUGUAGGUUGAAUAUAAUUAAUACUAA